GACAAAAGCAUUGCAUUCAAGAAUAUGUAACACUUUCAUUUUAUGGUCAAUUUUGUUAUGAUCCCAAACUCUUUGCACAGGCUUUAAAAGAAAAAUUCUCUUGUAUUGCAAGUUUCUUAUUUUAUGUUUUCAUUCAGAAAUAUAAUUAUGUGGAACUGAUGGGACCAUUUUACUUAAAGGGGUAUCAAAACAGUGUAAACAAUUUACUGAACAGGCUUUGUGUAAUGGUGGUGGAAGUUAUUUUCUUGUUAAAAUCUAUGAAGAUCAUACCAGUUGAUGCUUAAUUUUCUUCAGAAGACUAUGGCAUUGGAGAGAUCGUUGUGAUCCUUUUAAGCCAUGAGGUGGUUGAGUCAUCACUGAGCAUGAAAUUCUAAUUAGUUGUAAACACAAAUAAAGUAAUAUUCUUCCAUUUUGCAGGUUUUAGCCAAUUCUGUUUUAAACCAUGUGAUCUCUUUCCAGACAUUGGCUGCCCCUUGGUCAGGAUCUAGAUGGCAUACCCCUGUCACUUGUUCAGGUUGGAAUUUAUGUUCUUGGACUCGCUCCAAGCAUUUAUCACUAAAUUGAGACAUGUCCCAGCUUGGAUGAGAAACAUGAGGGUGCCACUUAGAGGCCUGCCCGAGAUAUCAUAGUUUGUAUUUGUAUCCUAUAUGUGCUGAAUAGAAAAGAUGCUGAGGGAUGCAAGCCACCUUGACAUAUUGAGAAAUCAACCUCAAAUGUUGUUGGUGUGACAUAGAGAAUGGUAUAAGAUGCCGAGGGAUGCAAAUAACCUUGACAUAUUGAAAAAUCAGUCUCAAAUGUUGUUGGUGUAACAUAGGGAAUGGUAUAUUUUAUCUUAUCACACUUAUCAUUCUGGAAACAUUAUACUGGCAGAUCUCUAGCUGCUUGUGAGCUACUGUAUAAUGCUGGCUACACAAACCUUUUCUGGGUGCAAGGGGGUCUGGAGGCUGCUGAAGAAGAGGAUCUUGUCACAGAAGGUCCUCAACCUCUUAAAUUUGCUGGAAUUGGUGGGGUUUCAGAGUUUCUUGGUUUUACGGAUCAACAAAGAGAUGCAGCUUCAAGAGAAGGUUGGGGUUACCGAUUAGUGUUCUCUGCGCGCCUGGUGGGGGUCUUUCUUGUUGCUGAUGCCUUGUUUAUUGGUGCCCAGCAAUUAGGCCAUUAUCUUCAGGAAAUAAGGUCUCACUGAGGUUCAGAAGCUGGGCUUGAAUGUAUUGAUUCAAAUAUUUGCGAAAACGUUUUGUUCUGGAGCGGUAUAUGAAGAUGAGAUUUGCCAACGGUCACAAUUUUUUCUUACCUGAGUACUUUGAGAAGCCAAUUGCAUACAUGCUUUUUGAUGGUGAAUUACCCCAUCUUACACCUUUUAUUAUUUUGAGGUGUGUUAUGCUUGAGCUUUUUUCUACCACAUGGUGUUGCGGAACUAUUCAAGGAGUGAUUGACUUCUUAAUUUUGUUAAAAUCUGUGUUGUUGUGAUGUAUAUCUUGUGUAGGUUCAAUCGCCUAAGAAUCACCCUUGUUUACAUAGUUUACUUUGCUGGCAACUUAGAAACUUCUUGUCCAGUAGUCUAUAGUUUACUCAUACAUUUAUUUCUGUGCCAUCAGUCGAAGAUGAGGGUGAAGAGAUUAUCAAUGAUGAGUUUAAUAUCAUUAGGAUAAUCAAAUGUUGACACUUUUCAUUGUAAUAUAAAUGAGCCGAGUAAGAUUUUUUUUAA